AUGAUUUACUGCCUUUUAAAUUUAAUAUUAUCUACGUCAACUGAAAAUGAUGCAAUUCAAGAUCUUAUUAAUGACAUAAAUAAAUUAGAUAAGAAAGUAAUGCAAAUUAUAACCGAUGAGGAGAAUGAAAUAUGUAAUAUUAUAAGGUCUAGUUAUCAUCCUAAGUCUUUGUUACAAGAACUUUUUUUUCACACUUUUAAUGAUUUAAAAAUAUCUGAAUAUGAUCUUAAAUCAUUAUUAAGGAAAAUUCUUAACAAUAUGAAAGUAUUGAACGUACUUUUUUUAUUUCAAAAAGUAAAAACACUAGAUUUGGAUAAAAAGUUGGAUCUUUUUUUAUUUAACAUGCUUCAAAAACAUGAUAAAUAUAAUGAAGAUUUUGAUUUUAAUGGCUUAUUUAAAGUGUUUGUUGUUAAUUAUUUUAUUUAA